UUCUCGACGUCACAAUUUGCUGUGAAAAUAACAACAACAAAAUAUUUCUUCACUGUGUAGCUUUGUUGUUCGUCUAUUUUAGCUGUGUUAUAGCCGUUGAGUCGUUUUCCCAAAGUUUUUUGACGCCUCAUGGAUGACUCAACCAACCGAUGAGGCAAGACACAAGCCUGUUUUCCUCUGAUCUGUAAAUAACUAUAGAACGUUAGCUGGUAACAUCAGACCAACAGCAGUCCUUCAACAUGGCCCAACCGAGGGGAGUCAAUAGCCUACAGUUUAACCAGGACCAGAGUUGUUUCUGCUGUGCCAUGGAGACAGGCGUUAGGAUCUAUAAUGUGGAGCCCCUUAUGGAGAAGGGACACCUUGACCAUGAGCAGGUGGGCAGUGUGGCCCAGUGCUCCAUGCUGCAUCGUUCCAACCUGCUGGCUGUAGUCGGAGGAGGAGUCAACCCAAAGUUCUCCGAGAUCUCUGUGUUGAUUUGGGAUGAUGCUCGGGAGGGGAGGGACCCCAAGGACAAACUGGUGCUGGAGUUUACGUUUACCAAGCCUGUUCUGGCUGUACGUAUGAGACACGACAAGAUCAUCAUCGUGUUAAAGAACAGGAUCUAUGUAUACAGUUUUCCUGAAAACCCUUCUAAACUGUUUGAGUUUGACACCAGAGACAACCCUAAAGGACUGUGUGACCUGUGCCCCAGUCUGGAGAAACAGCUGUUGGUCUUCCCAGGAUAUAAGUGUGGAAGUCUGCAACUUGUGGACCUCUCCAACACUAAGCCUGGCACGUCAUCUGCCCCCUUCACCAUCAAUGCCCACCAGAGUGAAAUCGCCUGCCUGGCACUCAACCAGCCUGGCAGCGUGGCAGCCUCGGCCUCCCGCAAGGGCACACUGAUCAGACUGUUUGACACCACCACCAGAGACAAACUAGUGGAGCUACGCAGAGGAACGGACCCUGCCACACUCUACUGCAUCAACUUCAGUCAUGACUCUUCGUUCCUGUGUGCCUCCAGUGACAAAGGCACUGUUCACAUCUUCGCCCUCAAGGACACUAAACUUAACAGACGCUCUGCAUUAGCUCGUGUCGGGAAGGUGGGUCCAGUGAUUGGUCAGUAUGUGGACAGCCAGUGGUCGUUGGCUAGUUUUACUGUCCCGGCAGAGUGCGCCUGUAUCUGUGCAUUUGGGAAGAACACCUCGAAAAAUGUUAACUCUGUCAUUGCCAUCUGUGUUGACGGGACGUUCCACAAAUACGUGUUCACCCCUGAUGGCAACUGUAACCGAGAAGCCUUCGAUGUUUACCUGGACAUCUGUGAUGAUGAUGACUUCUAAAAAGACAGGACAGAGGGGUGGCGGGGAGAGAUCUGAGGGUAAUACAGGACAGAGGAGCAGCGGGGAGAGAUCAGAGUAAUAAAGGACAGAGGAGCAGCAGGAGAGAUCUUAUGGUAAUGGAAGUUAUAUUAAUGAUGAUGUUGAAUCUACAAUCAAAGAGGUGAAGUUAAUGAAGUAGAGAUGUUGUACAGGAAAACAUAGAGUUGGUCUGAAAAAGUUUGUUUUACAUGAUUGUUUUAUGUUUUUAUUGUAAUUUUGUGUAUCUAUAUUAAGAUUAAAACCAUUUAACCUGCAGA